AAUUAAGAGCUGACACCUCCUGACCUUCUGUCUGUCUGCUGUUCUGAAGUUCGUCCUCAGUGCAGGUCAACAGGAUAAGAACAGCUUCAUCAUGGCUGCCUUCCUCCAUCACUGCCCUUUUCUGAGGUCAGUCCCAAAGCCAGCUUUAAGAAGAACAGGAGCUGCCCUGCUGUCUAUGGCUGACCAAUGUCCCAUCAUCGCUCGUCAGAUCAGCGUGAGCGGCACAGCCUGCCUGGAGGCGCAGCUCACCUCUUCACCCACCAAAACCCAAAGUCCCCACCGUCCCACGGUGGACCAGAAGAGGCUGUUUGCUCAAACUGCCACCCAGGUGGCUGUGUCUUCAUCGAAGGGCUGCCCUUUCGUCACCUCGCAGAUUGGGAUGAUCCAGGCUAGCCCUGAAGUACAGGAGGACGUCCACGAUGGUUUGAUGACAACUCUGUUAAAAGGCUUCAAAGAUUCUGUGUUUCCAACAUCAGAGCAAGCCAGCGGUGCCACCCACCUCCUCAAGGACAACAUGGUUGGCCCCAGUUAUGACUACGAUCGCUUCUUCAUUGAGAAGAUUGCUGAGAAAAAGAAGGAUCACACAUACAGAGUCUUCAAGACGGUGAACAGGAGCGCCACGGCCUUCCCAUUCGCUGAGGAUUACUCCAUUACUGGGAGAGAGGGCUCCCAGGUGUCAGUGUGGUGCAGCAACGACUAUCUGGGAAUGAGCCGCCACCCGAGAGUCCUCAGUGCCAUCAGCGAUGCCCUGGAGAAGCACGGUGCAGGAGCAGGUGGCACCAGGAACAUCUCUGGUACCAGUAACUAUCACGUGUCUCUGGAGAAGGAGCUCGCUCAGCUGCACCAGAAAGACGCAGCUUUAGUGUUCUCCUCCUGCUUUGUGGCAAAUGACUCAACCCUCUUCACUCUGGCUAAAAUGCUUCCUGGCUGUGAGAUCUACUCUGAUGCAGGGAACCAUGCGUCGAUGAUUCAGGGGAUCAGAAAUGGUGGAGCCAAACGCUUCAUUUUCCGCCACAACGACAGUCGACACUUGGAGGAACUGCUGCAACAUUCAGACCCAAAGACACCUAAAAUAGUGGCGUUUGAGACUGUGCACUCAAUGGACGGAGGUAUAUGUCCUUUAGAAGAGCUGUGCGAUGUGGCUCAUCGUUACGGAGCCCUGACGUUUGUUGAUGAAGUUCAUGCUGUGGGUCUGUAUGGAGCCCACGGAGCCGGAGUGGGUGAAAGAGACAACAUCAUGCACAAGAUUGAUAUUGUUUCUGGGACCUUGGGUAAGGCCUUCGGCUGUGUGGGGGGCUACAUUGCCAGCAGCGCCGCCCUGGUGGACACAGUGCGUUCCUACGCAGCCGGCUUCAUCUUCACCACAGCUCUGCCCCCGAUGGUCCUGUCUGGGGCCCUGGAGUCUGUCCGGGUCCUGAAGAGUCCUGAAGGCCAGGUGCUGCGCAGAGCCCACCAGAGGAAUGUCAAACACAUGAGGCAGCUGCUGAUGGACAGAGGCCUGCCUGUGGUCAACUGCCCCAGCCACAUCAUCCCCAUACGGGUUGGGAACGCUGAGCUGAACACCAAGGUGUGUGACAUCCUGCUGGAGAGACACAACAUCUACGUCCAGGCCAUUAACUACCCCACGGUGCCUCGUGGUGAGGAGCUGCUGCGUCUGGCUCCUUCUCCCCAUCACAACCCUGACAUGAUGGACUACUUUGUGGGUAAAUUAGUGGAGGUGUGGCAGGAGGUGGGUCUCCCACUCAACAUCCCGGCCACGGCUUCCUGCACCUUCUGCGACCGCCCGCUGCACUUUGACCUCAUGAGUGAGUGGGAGAAGUCCUACUUCGGGAACAUGGAACCACAAUACAUCACUGUGUUAGCUUAAUAUCAAAGAACAUGUCCGUGUUAGACAAACAGUAAAAACAUGAUCUUGAAUGUAUGAUUCCUACUUCAGGGACAGGAAUAAUGACUUGCUGGCAUUAUAUUUUAAAGACUAUAUUCCAGUAGCUAAUUCUUUUUUUUUUUUCUGUACUUCAUCAUUCUUUUGUGUGUUUGCCUCCAUAAAUAUGAUUAAAGAAAUGCCUCUAGCAUUUUUAAAGCAAAAAA